AUGCACAACAUCUUUACCAACACGAGCGGCACCUCAUCCCGCGUCUCCAUGCCGCCCCUCGCCUCGUUUCUCCCUAGCAUUCUCCAGCCGCAAUAUCGCGAUCUUCCCCCUCCCAUCGGCCCGAUUUCCAACCGCCCCUCCAGACCCUUCACGGCUGCUCCACUCAACCCCCCCAAACUCUAA